UAUGUAGCAAUCUCAACUACUCACAUUUGAUGUAUUCCGAGGCAUCGCACAUUUCCUUUCAAUCAAGGAAUUGCUUAAUGUUUAGAGUGUUUCAAAGCAGAUGAUGGAAAACGUACAAUUAGCCCUGAAAGCACUCUUAGCAAGUAUUGGAUUUAAUAGUCCAAAUACAACUACACCAUACAAUAUUAUCUUUCGUACAAUCUUUGGAAGAGAGACUUAUUUUUGGUCAUUUGAUGAAAGUGUCAAACCUUUCAAAAGAAGACAUAUUCUAGGAAUGCCAGUAAAAUCAAUAUAAAUAGGACUAACUUAUACUGGCAUACUUACAAUUCAAAAUCGAAUGUAUGUUUGUUUAUCACAAGAAUAUUAAGAAGUCAUCAAUCAAAAACCAAACUUUAUUAUUAAGUAAAUUAUUUAUAUAUAUAUUAUUUACAGAUUUUAAGUAAAAUAAUUUUCAACAGCAAGCAAAGGAAAAUUAAUAUACUUGAAAGAGAAUGGAGACUUAAUUGUAAUGUUUGAAAAUCUUGAAGAAUAUUUGAUAGCUUAAAAUGUGGAAUUUUUUGAAACUUCUUAUUUUCAACUUGUUGCUAUUUUCACCAAUCCUUAAAAAAUACCAUAAUUGCCUUUUGAAUAAACUAGAGCUAUUCUAUAUUAAUUAUAAGAUUUAUCACCUCAAAAUUGUGAUUAAGCAUUAAGAUACAAAUAAAUUAUAUUACCAGAUAAUGAAGUAUUAAAUAAUAUUAUAUUAGAACAUUAUGUAAAUAGCUAUGGGAAGUAAUGCUAUUUAUUAUUUGACAAAAACACAAAAAGUGUAUUCUUCAGAUACUAAGUAUGAAUAAGUAUUUGAUCCUAUUAUAAAAACUGUUCAAUAAAAUUAUUUUGAUAAAAGAUCUAUAAUAUCUAUUUAUAGUGGUCUUAAUUAUUUUUUAGCACUUGGAAGAGAGAAUAUUAAAUCAAUAAAGGAAUGGACAAAUGAAGAACUUUAAGUAUGGCUUAAUAAAAUUGGAUUUUCUGAUUAUGUUAAUAUUGUAAAAUACAAUGAAUUUACAGGUUUAGAAUUUUCAACUUAAGCUGUUCAUUAAGAUUUCUAAAUAAAUACUCUUGGACUCACUAAUGCUGAAUUAUAAAUUAAAUUAAGUACAGAAAUUACAAGAGCCAUGGAAUUAUAAUAUAAAGAUUAUUAAUUAUUUGGUUGGGGUAAAAAUGAUUAUGGUUAAUUGGCUGUUCCUUUAUCUAAUAAUAUUUAAUUUACAAAAGUAUCAUUACCUAAUUUAGAAGAAGAUGAUGAAAUUAUAUAAAUUGAAUGUGGAUGGAAAAAUGUAGCCAUUUUAACACAUUCAGGUAAACUUUAUUUGACAGAAAACUAAUAAAAAUAAAUAAAAAGAGAAAAAGAUAUUUAAUAAUAAUAAUAAUAAUAAUAACAAUAAUAAUAAGAUGAAGGAGGAAAGAAAAGAAAAAAAAGUAGAUAAGAAUAAAAGGAUAUUAAAGAUCAAAAAGAAUAAAAAGAACCAGCACAAUAAUUAUAAUAAUAAUAAUCUAAGUAUUGGAGUGAUAUAUCUAAAAUCUUUGUGAAAUCCAAGUAAAUCAUAAAAUUAAUUAUUUUUUAGUGAUAAAAGAGAAUAUAGACACUAUUAUGUAAAUCUAAGCAAAGAUUAUUUAGUUGUUGUUUGUUCUAUUUUUGAUAAAAAAACUAUGCUUAAUUAUUUCCCAGAGAUGUUAGAGUAAAAAGAAACUCAAAAGAAAUUUAAACCUACUCUUUAAGUUAUUGAUAGAAUACUUUGGGAUGUUAAAUUUAAUAAAGAGGAUUUUGUAGUAGGAUAUGAAGAUAGAUUUUUAGGAAUUAUGGAAGUUCCUUUUACAGAUUUUAUUAACAGUUAAGUAAAAAGUCAUAGAGUUCAAUAUUUUAAAUAAAAAGGUAAAAUAGUAUGGGAUAGACCUCGUAGACUUGACUUAUUAUGAGUU